UGUUGAUCAUGUCACCGUGGGGAGACACGUCCGGGUCCGGCGGUUUUCGUGGACUCGGACUGCGAUCCAUGAAGCGGAUCCAGCCCAUGUAGACUUCAGAGUCCAGUGUCCCGGACACGCGAAGCGCCCGCCGUCGUGUGCGCGCUGCGUCAGUGGACGCGCCUGUGUGGCGUUUCCUCCGGAGCGCGUCCUUUUCAGAACCGAACCGAAGCGUGUCUUUUUGAAGAGAGACAGAGCGGGAUCGGACGGGAAUCCAGGCCGGGUUCCGCUCAGCAUGCCGCAGCUUCCCGCCGCCUGUUGUUUUGUGAGCAGCGGACGGGCACGCACCCACGCACGGACAUGACUUUGUCUUAACGCGGAUCAUGACGCAUUGCUGUGAGGACGCAGCGCGCCGCAGCGGCUCCGCGGUCCUGUGAGCGGCGGAGGACGCGGCAGAGAGGCGGCAGACGGUGAGGAGGAGCGGAGAGAAGAUGGCGCCCACCAAACCGAGCGUCCAGCACGAGCCGGCGCGGAAAGAACGUGACCCCUACUGGGAGCGGCCAGCAAAUGCAGGCAGCUGCUCUGCCGCUCGGCCCAAGACCCUUCACCUGGCUGGCCAGCAGCACACCUCGUCACCAUGGCUUCAAGCUCUGAGGAAGGAGAAAUCAAGAGACGCAGCACGAUCGCGGCGGGGAAAAGAGAACUUUGAGUUUUAUGAGCUUGCAAAGAUGCUGCCACUGCCAGGCGCCAUCACCAGCCAGCUGGACAAGGCGUCCAUCAUCCGGCUCACCAUCAGCUACCUGAAGAUGAGGGACUUUGCCAACCAGGGAGAUCCGCCAUGGAACCUACGAAUCGAGGGGCCUCCGCCCAACACCUCCGUCAAAGCGAUUGGCACCCAGCGGAGGAGGAGUCCAAGCUCAGUUGCCUCAGAAAUCUUCGAGCCACACCUGGGCAGCCACAUCUUACAGUCUCUGGACGGGUUUGUAUUUGCACUAAACAAAGAGGGACGUUUCCUCUACAUCUCUGAGACCGUGUCCAUCUACCUGGGACUGUCACAGGUGGAGCUGACUGGAAGCAGUGUGUUCGACUACAUCCACCCCGGUGACCACGUGGAACUGGCAGAGCAGCUCGGCAUGAAGCUUCCCCCAGGACGAGGACUGUCUCAGUCCCAUGGAUCCAUCAAUGAAGAUGCAUUGUCCUCGGCUUCGUCGUCCUCGCACUCUGAGACACCUGAACCAGUGGACUCUAACAGUCCCAAUGUGCUGCCUCCUGAGAACUCCCUGGAACGAUCCUUCUUCAUCCGGAUGAAGUCAACGCUGACAAAAAGAGGCGUGCACAUCAAGUCUUCAGGAUACAAGGUGAUUCACGUCACGGGUCGCCUUCGGAUCAGGAUGGCGCUGACACACAGCCGCUCGGUGCCCAAUCAGAUCAUGGGCAUGGUGGUGGUGGCCCACGCCCUCCCGCCGCCAACCAUCAACGAGGUUCGCAUCGACUGUCAGAUGUUUGUCACCCGAGUCAACAUGGACUUGAAGAUUGUCUACUGUGAGAACAGGAUCAGUGACUACAUGGAUCUGGCACCGGUGGACAUUGUGGGAAAGAGGUGCUACCAGCUGAUUCAUGCCGAGGAUGUGGAGGGAAUCCGACAGAGUCACUUGGACUUGAUGAAUAAGGGUCAGUGCGUGACAAAGUACUACCGGUGGAUCCAGAAGAACAGUGGUUACAUUUGGAUCCAAUCAAGUGCCACCAUCGCCAUUAACACCAAGAACGCCAAUGAGAAGAACAUCAUCUGGGUCAACUAUGUCCUCAGUGACCUGGAGUACAAGGACACGCCUGUUGAUAUCACCCAGCUGCCCAACCUGCCGGAGAAAACGUCUGAGUCAUCAGAACCAUCUGAGUCCGAGUCUGAGUCCAAAGAAAACUCUGACAAUGACAGCCCCAAGUCAGAAGGGAAACCAAACCACCAGUCACAAUGCAGUGAAGACCCAGAGUCAGAAAGCAAGCAUCAGCAGCAGCCCAGCCAAUCACAGUGCUCCUCAGAACAAGAACUGAAACACCAGGAAGAAGGCGAAAGCUUCAGUAACCCUGAGAGCCAGGACAGCGACGAAAGUCUGGAAGCUUCUGAUGGAGACGGGGAGGAGUCAGAGGAGGCCAGAGGGGGAGGAGACAGAGAUAAAAUGGAGAGAUUAGCAGGAAUAACUGGGUUAGGGGGACUGGGUACCAUCACGGGAAUGGAUAAUCUACCUGGGCUUCAUAUUAAAGUUGAGCGUUAUGGAGAAGGUGAAGAAGUCCACCUUCCCAACUCACAAACAUCCUCUUCUGAGGAGGACGAGGAGGAAGAUGAGGAGGAGGAAGAGGAGGACAGUGGCCUGCCAGACCGCAGUAGUGCCAACAAGGUCCAGAAGAGGCGGAAAAGGAGGAAAGUGCAGAAAUGGGAUGGAACUCGCAGCAGGAGGCUCUGUCUCUCCUCAACAACACCCAGUCCUGUCACCAUGGGAGACGGACCAUCGCUGGUCACCUCCUCACAGGCCGCAGCCUCCUCCCUCCUCCUCACCGCCUCCAGCUCACCAAAUGGCAGCGUUGUGACUUCCUCUGUCCUGAAAAUUAAAACUGAAAUGGCGGAACCAAUCAACUUUGACAAUGACAGCAGCAUCUGGAAUUACCCGCCCAACAGAGAAAUUUCACGAAAUCAGUCACCGUACAGCAUGACCUCCAAGCCUGCUGCUCCAGGCUCCCACGAGACCUUCCCAUCACCGCAAGGGGGCUCACUGCAGGUGACGAUCCCAGAUUCUGUCCUCACACCUCCUGGAACUGAAGGAGGAGCCAGGAAGCCUCCUUACAAUGGAAACUCCACCCCUUCUUCUGCCUCGAGCACUGCCAGUUUAGCUCCUCCUUCCAGCUCCUCCUCUGUAGAUCCUCUGUCUCCUCCCCUCUCUGCUUCUCCACGGGAAAAGCAACAAGGCACUCCCACCACGAACACAACCUCUUCCUCCUCUUCAUCAUCUGCUUCUGCCUCACUGCUGUAUUCUGGUGACAUUGAGGCACUGCAGCGCCUUCAAGCUGGUAAUGUGGUCCUCCCACUGGUGCACCGGGUCACUGGCACUCUGGCAUCCACCAGCACAACUGCUCCAAGGGUCUACACCACUGGGACCAUCAGGUAUGCACCUGCUGACGUCAGCCUUGCAAUGGCGCAAGGCAACCUUCUCCCAAAUGCUACAAUGAACUUUGUUGAUGGCUCGGGUUUUGGCCUGGACCCAAAGACACCAAUGGAGAUGUUGUACCAUCAUGUGCACAGGCUCAACAUGUCAGCAGCUGCCGGCCCAUUUGUCAGCUCACCGGCAGCUGCCGGUGGCAACGGUGCUCUGGGUGGCCAAAUGCCAGCAGCUGCAAACGUUUUCACCACAGCAGAGGGAAUCUUCUCAACGCUGCCAUUUCCCGUGUACAGCAAUGGGAUCCACGCUACUCAGACGCCUCUAGAGAGGAAGGAGGAUUAAUGCAAAACCCUCAAGACCGUAUUACUGUGUUUCCUGAUUGACAGCUGUGUCAGAAUAAAAGACCUGUCACUAGUAAAAACAAAAAAGAAAAUCA